GUGGGAUGUGUUCUACUACGACCUCUUCGUUUCGGAUUGUAUGGGACACCCGCCGUUGAUCCCCGACAACUCUUUCACGACGCGUCUGCCCGCGGACGUGGACGAAGAUGCGUUCGGCCCGAGUUCGACGAUACUGCCGGGCGUGUCUGAGACCGGUGAUGGGGCAGACAAGGGCUCUGCAUACUUUGUGCUCAAGUGCAGGUGAGUGUUUCGGGCGCACGAAGUUCUAGGCACGUCGGUUAAUGUUGGUACAGGCUAGCGCAGAUCGUCAAAAACGUCAAGAAGCAGACGUUCAGGGAUCCACUCGCCGAGGAUUCGAACGAACUGUCGAUCGAUCAGGCUGCUAUGUUCGAGAGCGAUGUGACGACCUUCCUCGCCGACCUUCCGCCCGCGUUCCGUCUCGAGCUCGAUCAUGACUGGUCAGAGCCGAUCAAUCCGGUACCUUCCUCCCCUCCCUCGUCCGUGCUGACGGCCCAGAAGGGCGAGCUUGCUAUCCUGGCGAAUCGCGUCAUCAUGAAGCUCUACCUCCCGUUCCUGAAGGACAGCCACACGGGCGCGGGCAAACAUCAAGCCAUCCUCGCUACGCUGAACGCCGCUCAUGCGAUCAUCUACGCCAGCCGGAUGCUGCACGGAGUGUGGGCGAACACGAGGCCGGCUGCGUUCGACUUCUACGACUUCGGCAGGGCGCUGUUCGACGCCGCGGUCGUCUGCGCACAUGCCGUCAUCCAGCAGCCGAGCGGGAUCUUCGCCGGCGAAGCCCUGAAGGGCAUCGCGUGUGCGCUCGACGUGCUGCGGACUCUCGACUCUGAGGAGUCGAGCAGGGCGGAGGCCGUCAGGGUUGUCGAGAUGAUGAAGAGGAAAGCGGAGGCGUCGAGGACGAACGGCGCUUACAAUGGUGCUACCGCAGGCGUGAAGCGCAAGCGGGACGUGCUCGACGACGAGCGGAUGGAGGCGGGCUUCCAGUUCCCUUACGUGGGUCCGUCUGUGAGCUCGGUCAAGGCUGACCCGGGACGUUCACCGGGUAAGGUGAAUGGCGGGAUGGUGAAGGACGCCAGUCUGGCACAGCCGGAAGGGUCAGGGAGGAAGGAGAAGAAGCACAUGAAGGAGAAAGAGAAGGACAAGGGGAAGCAGCAGCCGGUGGGUAUCCGUGCUCGGCCCACCCAGCCAGCUAGCGGGGGCGGGAGACCAAGGGGUGCGUCGGUGUCGAGCAACGCUGCUGGGCCCGCCGUGCACUCGCUGCCGCCCCCAAGGCACACGGCGACUCCCGCCAGCGGGCCGUCCUCUGCCUCGUCCUCUUCCGCUUCACAUAUUCAGUCGCUCCCAUCCCACCUCGCGCCUGCCGCACCUCAUCCGCACGACGGGUACGCGAUUCGUCCUCCCCAAACGCCCGUACAGCAGACACCAAUGCAAGACCACAUGCCUCGCGAGGACUACCCGAUGCAGUUUUCCAAUGACGACGUGGACAGAAGGCGGUACGAAUCGACGUUCUCUGACUCGCCGCAAGGGGCGUCCCUCUUCGACACCUCAUCCCUCUCGCAACCCAGCCCCGUCUCGUACACCACGGGCCCCACUCCGCCGAACUACUACCAGUAUGCGCCCCCGCCUGGCCCGCCGCAGUCAUCACAGGGCCCGCCUACCGGGUACGAGAACCCGCCGAUGAACCACCCGCAGAGCGUCGCGCCGCCGAUGGGCAGCCUGCCGAUGGACACGUCUGGCGGGCAACCCGGCCUGUCGAUGUCUACGAUGGUUGAGACGCGGUACGGGAUGUCGUACAGGCCCGAACACGCGCCGCCUAUGUCGGCGCACGACUAUCACCCACAUCCGCCGCCGCCGCAGGGCAUGCCGAUGCCGGGCUCGCAUGCGUGGCUCCCGCCGGAGCACGGUGCGGGCGCGGAGAUGUGGAACGAAUACAAGUACGUGGGAUAGACUCGAUACCCUUGCUCCCUCUCAUGGGUCUACCUACUCGCCCCUAUCCUUAUUCCUUUUUUCCUAACUCUCGAUGCUUUGUUCGUUUGUUCGUUUGCUCGUUUGAUAACUGAAUCGUGUUCCUAUCUACCUGUACCCCACUCCUAUGAUCCCUCUAUCUCCUUCUGCUGUGCGAUGUUCCUGUCUCGGUUCUUGACGUUG